UGUUGCCGAGAUCCUUUUGGCUCGGGCGCAUACAUGAUUAAUGCUGGAUGCAUCUCCCUUGCAUCUGAUGGUGUUUGUCUGAUUCCUAAUGCAGCUGUCUUAAAGAAAGAUCAAAAGGAUAGGCUUCAAUAUGCUUUAGAGAAUGGAUGUAUGGCAGUGAAGGUACCAGAAAAGUUUGGGUCUUAUCAAGGUCGCCAGGUCACUAUACCACUAACCAGUAGUGUAUGGGUGUGUUCUGAACCGUCACAGAAAUCCAGUCAUCAUACCAUCCCUGACUAUGAUCCUAUAUUAAACCUAGGUCACCCAGUAAAGGAAUGUUCAAAUUUGCCAAGAGCCCUUGUAGAUCAGUUUUCAGUAGUGUUUAACCUGAGUGGAUCAGCAGAGCAGCAUGACAAUUCUGAUGAGUCAGUGAGCGAAGAAGUUUUAAGGAAAGCCUUAGAUCAUGACGAGGAUGAAGAAGAUGCCUUGUACAUUAGUGACGAGGAAAUUAGCCAGUUCCUUCACCAUGCUGGGCAAAAACACGUUAGCCUGACAGUGGCAGCACAGGAUCUUAUUCAAGGCUAUUAUUUGGCAAGUAGGCGAACCAGAAACUCUCUUUCAACCGUUGGUGCAGAAUUUCCUUCUUCUGCUUUACAACAUCUAACCAGUUUAGCUAUCGCUCAUUCUAAGUUAUCGCUUCGUUCAGAGGUUUCAGAAGAGGAUGCCGUGAUGGCCAUUGUCCUGUACGAGGACUCCAUAAAAUGGAAAUACGGUUAUUCGGGUAUCGGGCCAGUGAACCCACCGUCUCCCGGCUCAGAUGGCGCUGAAUUCUUUGGCCCAAAGAAUGAUUUCAGGAUGGAGGAAAUUCAAGGAAGAAUUCGGCGAUAUUGCUCUACUUUCAAAGAUGGCCACUGUACUCCAUCCAGAGUGUAUGCGCACGAGGAGUGAUCUUUUAUGAUUUCUGAAUAUAACGCUCCACCAGUGCAGAAUGAAUGCAAAUUUUAA